GCACAUUAUUAUUCACAAUGAAAUUAUAAGAUAGGGAUAUUACUGGUAUAAUAAGCGACGUAUAAUAGCGAUUAAUCGAUAUUUGCUCGAGUGGGGAUGCACUUAGAGAAAUGGACGAUACUCUCUCUCAGUUCUGUUCUCAUAUUCGAACAAAUGUAACGUCGAUACUGAUUUUCACUUCAUCGCGUUCACAACUGUUGACGAAUGAUAGCGACAACAACGAUCAGUCCGGGACUAAAAAUCGGCCUUCAAUGUUUUGGUGUAUGGCCCAACGUGCCAUAUUCCAUUGUUAAUUGUCUUUUUGUUAUGUCGAGCAUUCUGAUCGUACAAUACUUUCAAUAUCUGUAUGUAUUCUCGCACUUUAAGCUUAGCGAGCUUUCAAAUCUUGUGGAUGGCCUAUCUUCGACUUUAGAGAGCAGUUUGAUGUUCAUUAAAGUGGCUACUCUUUGGAAGAAUCGUCAUCUCCUUCAUCAACUUUUGGCCGCGAUGAAUAACGACUGGCGUGAGUGCAAUAACAUCGAUCAACAUAAGAAUAUAAUGACAAUUAAAGCCGGUAUAUCGCACUUUUGUUUCAAUGCUAUGUUGAGUUUUAAUACAUUUGCUGCGAUACUUUAUCUCUUGGGUGAUUACGUGAUUCGUUUUGUAUAUCUAACAAAAGAUUACAAUAACAGUUCGCUGCAAUUUCCUAUCAAGGCACAGUUUCCCUUUGAAACGGAGCAAUCGCCGAUCUUCGAAUUGCUCGUCUUAGUCUUAUUUUUACAUACGAUGUCAGAUUCGUUCGCGAUCGUUAUUGUAAACGGAUUGAUCUUUAGUUUGGUGUUUCACGUGAGCGGUCAAAUCGAUAUCAUAUGUCAAGGCUUCAAAACUAUUUCUAAAAAUAUUCAUAGUGGAUCUUCCGCAUCUACAUUAGGAAUGCUAAUUGAGAGGCAUAACAGAGUCAUUUUGUUUUCCGAACAAAUUGGAAAACUUUUUUCCUUUAUCACGUUGAUGCAAAUUGCUGCGAAUACUUUAGUUAUUUGCUGCAUAGGGUUUGUCAUCACAGUUUCCUAUCACGAGACCAGUGUCUUCGUAUUAUUGAAAGCCAUUUUAGCUUACGUUGCUAUAACGAUAGAGGCCUUUAUCAUUUGCUUAGCCGGAGAAUACUUAAGCAUUAAGAGUAAAUCUGUCUCCGAAGCAGCAUACGAAUCACUGUGGUACGACAUGCCAUCAAAUCAAGGUAAAAUUAUAUCAUUCAUGAUAAUGAGAUCACAGAAGCGUCUAGUAAUCACAGCAGGGAAAAUCGUGAAUCUAUCCUUGGAAACUUUUGCGAGUAUUAUAAAAGCAUCGGCAUCAUAUGUAUCUGUUUUGCAUGCAAUAUAUUAAUAUGAACAAGUUUACGACAAUGAUUUAUUAAAG